CUGAGUGCUGUAAGACAUUUAAUUAAUUAUUUUAGAAUCUAUUGAAAAAAGCACAUAAAUUAACAAUAAAAUUUAAAAUAUUGUUUUUAAAAAUUACAUUACAUUUCAUUAUUAUUAAGUUUUUUAAUUUUUUCAACACUCUAAAACAUAAACAAAGUGUCCUAUACAGUUUAUAAUAAAAUAAAAUAUAUUAUUAACUAGAAUAUUAUGAAAUAGGCGCAAGUUUAAAAGCAACUUUUUUUAAGAGGACGUUAUACCGACAUUUGUUGUCUCUGUCUUACAAGUGUGGAACAUGGCAAAUUUUACGCUAAGCAGAUCUCAUUUAGCUCCUUUAGUUUAAACAUUAAAGUGAAUUAACCUCUCAUAAAAUUUAAAGGUAAGAUUAUUAUCUAGGCAAUGUUGUAGGCUUUUUAUUAUACAGUGAAACCUCUAAAUACCGGACACUCUCGGUCGCUGAAAUUGUGUCCUUUAUUCGGAGGGUUUAGAUUGGAGAAAUUUUAUAGUUGGUUAGUUGGUUCCCAAGAAAACGUCCGCUAUUGGGAGGUGUCCGUUAGGGGAGGUUUCACUGUAUUUUAAUUUUAAUGUAAGUUAUGAGUUUUUUAAAAUUGUAAAAUAUUUAUACAUCUUAAAAAACUGAUAGCUUGCUUUAAAAUUAAAAUAUAAUAAAAAGCCAUUAAUACAUUGCCUGGAUAAUAAUCUUACCUUUAAAUUUUAUAAGAGGAAAAUUCACUCUUAUUUUUAAACCAACAGAGCUAAAUGUGAUCUCCUGAGGGUAAAAUUUGGUAUAUUACGCACAUGUUAGACGGAGACAACAAGUCAGUGUAACUGCCUCUUAAAAUAAUAAUAAUAUGUAAUUUUAGGUUUAAUAUUAUUAUUUCUUUAUUGAUGGAAAAAACUUAAUUUACAAAAAAUGUCUAUAUAGGUACAUAAAAUGUGUAGUAUAUAAAAAUUACAAUAAAAACUAUAGCUAGAACAAAUUAUAUUAAAAUUCGCUUUCCAUAAAUAAAACAAAAUUAACAUAUCAUACAUAAUAAUUGUAUAACCGUAAUUAACCAUAAACUAAAAUUAACUUCAACAGUAUUUCCUACUGCCAUUAGUAUAUUUGCCAGCAAUGAUCAUAAAUAGGUCUUAGAAACAUUGUUAAUUUAAAAAACUGUCUUGAUUUCUAGUAUAUUUAGUAAUAAUUGAAAAUUGAACCGUUCCUAAAAAUAAGGGCAAUUUAUUUCUUUGAUGAAUUGUUAAUUUCAGAAAUAGGCGUGAAUCUUUGUAGACAAGUAAACAAUCAUUGAGGUUUCCAAGUAAUAUUAUUAUUUUCCAACUGUAUUUUGGAAUAUCAAUUUUUUUAUUUUCAGAUUAUUCAAAGACUACAUUUAUAUGCAGAUUCAUUUGCAGAAAUUGUAAACUAUAAACAAUUGUAUUCACUUUAUAAAAGAAUAGCAACAACCAAUAAAUAUAAUAUUUAACAUAAACUUCUAUAUCACAUUGUUAUACAUUUUUAGUCUGUCUACCCAGUUUAUAACACAUUUUCAUUUUUAUUUUGAAUAUUUUUAACAUACUAAAUAUUAUAAUAAAUAACACUUAAUUGUUAAUAUAUAGGGGCACUGUGUGAUGUAAUUAAAAUUUUAAAACAUAAUAUAGAAACUGUUGUUUUCAGUCCCCACCUAUGAAAAUGUCACAUAUGGACAUGACAUAUUAGACCGGAACUAUCACUGUAUGGAAUACAGUUAUUUUUAUACAGUCUCACAACAAUGUCGGUCUAUGCUUUAUCGUGUUUGCUCUUUAUAAUUGGUGAAUGUUUAGCAUAUUAUAACAGUCAAUGGAUGCCAAGUGUUUACUUGGGUACUUAUCCUGAAAGGUUUCAUACAUUAAGAAUGUCACGGGGAUCAUGUAUAGUUUCUUUGAACACUUUUAGAAGCAAACAUUAUAAUGUAGAAAUACCUUUAACCAAUGGAUCGACACCAGCAGGGUUUUGUGCAAUACUGUUAAAUAGCAUGGAGAAUUCAAGUCUAGCCAUAUCAAUAGAACAAGGAUUGACGGAUGUAAACAACAGUUUAAUGAAUCAAAGCAUCAGGCUAUAUAGAGUCAAUAAAGGAAAUUUGAAACUUAUCCAAGAUGUCUGUGGAUCAACUGAUGUUCCUGGUUUAACAUUGGCUGAAUCAAAUACUGCUAUACUUCUAAUAAAAGCAGACCAAAGUAUAAAUUUUUCAUUAAGUGUGUAUACUUAUCAAUCUUUAAAUAUUAACAUGUAAAUAGACAAUUUAUAAUAAAUAUAUCUUUUCAAGCAAAACUGUAUUUUGUAUUUUAUAAUUUUAAUACUAUAUGAAUAUAUUAUUUUAUAAUAUACCAUGUCAAAUACUAAAAUGUAUAAUAAAUAAUUAUUUAUAUUAGAAUAGUAUUUGUUUUU